GUCGGUUAGUGCCGAAGCGGCGUGGAGAGAGAGAGGAGCGGCCCCGAGCGCCUCUCAUUCACCCCGACCACGACCGGAACCACGACCAGAACCACAACCAGAACCACGACCAGAACCACGACCAGAACCACAACCCGCCGCCACGAUGCCCUGUCGGAAGGAGAACUACAUCUUCCUGGAGCAGUCGGUCACCGUCGACUCCAAAGAGGUGGACGCGCUGGUGACGAAGAUCGGCGAAGCGCUGCAGCUCCACAACAACAGCGGCCACCAGAACGCCGUGUCCGUGUCCGUGUCCUGCCUGCACGCCGGGGUCAAGCAGCAGCCGGCGGCGGCGGCGGCGGCGGCGGCCCCGGCGCAGAGGCGCAGCGGCUGCUGCGUGCGGCUGCGGGGGAACCGCGCGGGACACCGGGGGAGCAGCAGGGCGAGCCCGUACAGCAUCCCCGGGUCCAACGGCGAGCAGGACUGGGACCAGAUUCGACCGUGGCACAAAAAGCGGCUCGGCGUGGAGGCGGCGGAGGAGGACGACGACCCGCACCGGAUGCUCCAGGAGCUCAUCCUGUCGGGGAACCUGAUCAAGGAGGCCGUGAGGCGGCUGCAGUUCUCCGCCGCGGACUGCGCGGAUUUCCCCAACGCGGCGGCGGACAACGUGCCGUGCUGAUGCCGCGACGGGGCGGACCGCGGAGCCGUGGACGGGUCCAGCCCCGACCCGACACCGAGACUGUAACGCGGACUACUGUUCGACAGUAACACCUCACGGGACCGGGAGCGACCUUUUGUCUAAUUUCAACCGUUUCCCCCGUCGAGCUGUCGGCAACGUUUGUUACGCUACGUCGGCUAGCAGUUAGCCUAGCUGCCGAGCUAGCCCCCCCCGGCUAAUGAGCCGCGUUGUUUAUGUUUGAAUGUCAGACGGUGUGUGCGCGCGCAUGUGUGUGUGUGUGUGUGUGUGUGUGUGUGUGUGUGUGUUGGGGGGCGGGGGGCAGUGGAGAUUGAACCCACCAACAACAACUCUUUAUUAACAUUGUUUUUUUUUAUUGUCAGCAGGGGGUGAACACGUUAGCUGACGUUAGCCUGCAGAUCCACACAUGGAGAGUGUGUGUGUGUGUGUGUGUGUGUGUGUGAUUCCUGACCGAUGGCCGUUUCUCUUCCUGCUUGUUGGAUGUUGGAGGUUUUUUUUUAUUUUGAAUUUUCCUCCAAAGUCCCUCAACCGGACAGACAGUUCUCGCGGGGGGCUCCAGGCCCAUUUUGUGUACAAUCUGUCCGACGCCCCCCGGGUGUGGUGCAGGCCGGUCCGGACCCCACACGUCCUGUCCCGUCACACGUGUGGGGACAUCAGGGAGGACAGUGUGGUGAUGGUGACGUGUAACGUGGGGGUUGGACGUUCGACGUCACGUGACAACACUGUUGUGGUGCUUUUCACACUUUUUUAUUUUUUUUAAUUCCAGUGAGGAAUUUCCUUUGUUUUUUUUAAGAAUUAGUUUCUUCUCUGUGUAAAAGAAAGAUCACCACGACCGCUUCGUAACGAAGCACCUUGAUAAUGUCCCUGAGUGUUCAGGGCCUUUUUUGUUGUUGUUGUUGUCGUUUGUUGUCUUAAUAAAAACACAAUUUUUGUUUUUCCCAAAAAAA